AUCUCCGACAUCUACAUCAGCGGGGAGUCGGGGGAUAUGUCAGCCAAGGAGCAGCUGCCAGAUCUGGUGGACAUGGAGAGGGUGCAGAUCCAGAGUAACCGGGAGAACCUGGAGCAGGCCUUCGAGAUUGCCGAGCGGCUGGGGAUGCCGACCCCUCCGCCCGUUCCUGUUCCUCACUGCCUUUCUGCUUCCCCCUUGUCAGAUGUGGACGUCCCCUCUCCGGACGAGAAAUCCGUGAUAACUUACGUGUCUUCAAUCUACGAUGCCUUUCCCAAAGUCCCUGAGGGAGGAGAAGGGAUCAGCGCUGUUGAGGUGGAUUCGAGGUGGCUGGAGUACCAGAGCCGCGUGGACCGCGUGGAGUCCCUCAUCUCAUGGAUCAAGCAGCACACGAUACUCAUAUCAGAUAAAUCCUUCCCCCAGAACCCUGUAGAGCUAAAGGCACUUUAUAACCAGUACAUACACUUCAAAGAAACUGAAAUCCCAGCGAAAGAGCAGGAAAAAGGAAGGAUAGAGGAGCUCUACAAACUGUUAGAGGUAUGGAUUGAAUUUGGACGCAUCAAGUUGCCUCAGGGGUACCACCCCAACGACGUGGAGGAGGAGUGGGGCAAGCUCAUCAUAGAGAUGCUGGAGCGCGAGAAGCUCCUGCGGCCGGCGGUGGAGAGGGCAGUGCUGGAAUUGCUGCUACAAAUCGCUAACAAAAUCCAGAAUGGUGCUCUGAGCUGUGAAGAAAAACUUACUCUCGCAAAGAACACGCUGCAAGCUGAUGCUGCUCACCUGGAGUCGGGCCAGCCGGUGCAGUAUGAAUCCGACGUGGUCGUGUAUCUGCAGGAGUGCGAGGGGCUCAUCCGCCAGCUACAGGUGGAUGUGCAGAUCCUUCGGGAUGAGAAUUACUACCAGCUGGAGGAGCUGGUGUUCAGGAUCAUGCGGCUGCAAGACGAGCUGGUGACGCUGAGGCUGGAAUGCACUAACCUGUACAGGAAAGGCCACUUCUCCACCCUGGAGCUGGUGCCCACUUCCACGCUGAGCACGACGCACUUGAAGGGCGAAUCCCUGACGAAAGGGCUGCACACCUCCUCUGCCUCCUGGUUCCGGAAGCCCAUGACCAGGACAGAGCUGGUGGCCAUCUCCUCUUCUGAAGACGAAGGCAGCCUCCGGUUCGUGUACGAGCUGCUGGCAUGGGUGGAGGAAAUGCAGAUGAGACUGGAGCGAGCAGAGUGGGGGAGCGACCUGCCGAGUGUGGAAACCCAGCUGGAGACCCAGCGGCACGUCCACACCAGCGUGGAGGAUCUGGGCUCCAGCGUAAAGGAGGCCCGGAUGUACGAGGGGAAAAUGUCUCAGAAUUUCCGCGCUAGCUACACGGAGACGCUUGGCAAGCUGGAGACGCAGUACUGCAAGCUGAUGGAAACCUCAAGCUUCCGGCUGAGACACCUGCAGAGCUUGCACGGGUUUGUGUCUCGGGCCACUGCUGAGCUGAUUUGGCUGAAUGAGAAGGAGGAGGAGGAACUGGCCUACGACUGGAGCGACAACAACCCUAACAUUGCAGCCAAGAAAAACUACUUCUCGGAGCUGACGACAGAGCUGGAAGAGAAGCAGGACAUCUUCCGCUCCCUCCAAGACACAGCCGAGCUGCUGUCCCUGGAGAACCACCCGGCCAAGCAAACCGUCGAGGCCUACAGUGCUGCCGUGCAGACUCAGUGGCAGUGGAUUAAGCAGCUCUGCCUGUGUGUGGAACAGCACGUGAAGGAGAACGCUGCCUAUUUCCAGUUCUUCAGCGACGCCCGAGAGUCGGAGACCUACCUGCGCAACCUGCAGGACUCCAUCAAAAGGAAGUAUUCUUGUGACCAUAACACGAGCCUGACGCGGCUGGAGGACCUGCUGCAGGACUCCAUGGACGAGAAGGAGCAGCUCAUUCAGUCGAAGAGCUCCGUCGCCAGCCUGGUGGGACGCUCCAAAACCAUCGUUCAGCUCCGGCCCAGGAACCCAGAGCACCUUGUGAAGAGCACGAUCCCCAUCAAGGCUGUUUGUGACUAUCGGCAGAUCGAGAUCACCAUCUGCAGGAACGACGAGUGCGUGCUGGAGGACAAUUCCCAGAGGACUAAGUGGAAGGUGAUCAGUCCCACGGGGAACGAGGCCAUGGUGCCCUCUGUGUGCUUCCUGAUCCCCCCGCCCAACAAGGAGGCCAUCGAGAUGGCCAACAGGGUAGAACAGUUGUACCAGAAAGUGAUGGCUCUCUGGCACCAGCUCCACAUGAACACAAAGAGCCUCAUCUCCUGGAACUACCUGCGGAAGGACAUAGCCCUGGUGCAAAGCUUCAGCAUGGAAAAGCUCAGAUCCUUAGCGCAAGGGGAGUGCCAGCAAGCCAUGAAGAGCCUCCAGGCGCACUACGAGGACUUCCUGCAGGACAGCCGGGACUCGGAGCUCUUCUCGGUGUCGGACCGGCUGCGCCUGGAGGAGGAAGUGGAGUCUUCCAAGGAACACAUCCGGCAGCUGCUGGAAUCCAUGGAGAACGAAGACAAGGAUGAGACCGUUGCCAGGACGUAUCUCUCAGAGCUGAAGAAUAUCCGUCUGCGCCUGGAGGAGUGUGAGCAGAGGCUAGUGAGCCGAAUCCAGUCCCCAAGCAGCGCCCGAGCAGAUGGUGAUACUAUCCAGGAAAACACCAUCCGCAUUGCAGAGCAGGAGCGCAUGCAGGAGGAUCUGCAGCGGCUGCAAUCGGACCUGCGGUUCGUUUCUGAGAGAUGCUACAGCUUCCUCGACAAGGCGCCCACGGGGUCCAGCACACCCCACUUGCGUUCUGAACUUGACUUGGUGGUGAACAAGAUGGACCAGACAUACGGGCUGUCUUCCAUCUACCUGGACAAGUUGAAGACAGUUGAUGUUAUUAUUCGUAAGACCCAAGGAGCAGAGUCUCUGGUCAAAGGGUAUGAGGUUAAGCUGAGCCAAGAGGAGGCAGUCCCCGCCGACCUGGCAGCUAUUCAGUCUCACAGAGCAGCGUUACAGCAAUGGCUUGGAGAAGUGAAGGACAAGAGCUCCGUCUUCACCACGUUGGAGGAGGAGAUGGAAAAGGCAAAGGCGGUGGGAGAGCAGCUGUACCGGCUGAGACAGGAGCGCAGCAUCGACCUCGAGCGCUAUCAGGAGAAGGGAAGCCAGCUGUGGGAUCGCUGGCAGCGAGUCUGCGCCCAGAUUGAGACCCGCCACGCGGAGCUGGAGAGCAUCCAGGAGGUGCUGAGUGAUUACCGGCAGUGCCACAGUGCCCUAAUCCAGUGGAUCGAGGAGAUCACGGUCCAGCAGGAGCUGAUGAAGCCUGGGCAGGCAGAGGACAGCCGGGUGCUGUCGGAGCAGCUGAGCCAGCAAACGGCUUUGGCUGCAGAAAUUGAGAAAAAUCAAGCCAAACUGGACCAGUGUCAGAAAUUCUCCCAGCAAUACUCGGCUGCCGUCAAGGACUACGAGUUGCAGCUCAUGACGUACAGGGCGUUUGUUGAAUCGCAGCAGAAGUCUCCCAUGAAACGCCGGCGCAUGCUCUCGUCCUCGGACGCCAUCACGCAGGAGUUCAUGGAUUUGCGGACUCGCUAUACAGCUCUGGUGACGUUAACCACGCAGCACGUGAAGUACAUCAGCGAUGCUCUCCGGCGGCUGGAGGAGGAGGAGAAAGUAGUGGAGGAGGAGAAGCAGGAGCACGUGGACAAGGUGAAGGAACUGCUGGGCUGGGCCCUGGGCUUGAAGCAGAGCGUACAAGGCAGGACGGCUGCUGCUGGGAGCAGAGAGCUGGGCGACAUCGAGAAAUCCAUCUCGGAGCAGCAGGCCCUGAAUGAGGAGCUGGCUGCCAAGAAGGAGCAGGUCUCUGAGGCCAUCAAAACUUCACAAAUCUUCCUGGCAAAACACAGCCACAAGCUUUCCCGUCCGGAGAAGGAACAGAUUUCCGCUCAGAUCGGUGUCCUCAAGGAGACCUACCAGGCGCUCUGCAGCGAUUCCACGGAGCAGCUCCAGCAGCUCCAGAGCCAGCUGGCUCAGGAGACGGAGCACAAGACGCUGCAGGAGCAGCAGGCAGCCCGGGCGCAGAGCCUGGCCGAGCUGAGCUGCUGGCUGCACCAGGCAGAGGACGUGCUGGCAGAGCAGCAGAGAGCAGCCAGCGAAGGGGACCUGUCCGCCUUGCAGCAGAGGCAAAGUGAUGUUAAGGAGCUGCAGAGGAACAUGCACACCCGAGCCGCUUCCUUCGCCAGCGUCCUGAAAAGCACAGAGGAGUUUUUGGAGGAGAACAAGGCAAAGAUGGAGCCCGGGGAGCUCGCAGCACUGCAAGAGAAGCUUCAGCGUGCCAAGGAGCAGUACCGGUCCCUGCAGGAGAGGACGGAGGUGGCCCAGAAGGAGCUGGAGAGCGCUGUGACUGCUGCAGUGCAGCAGGAGACUGAAAAGGUGAAAGCUGCCAAAGAACUGGAGGAGAACAGCAAUAAGAUCGAUUCCCUUUUGAACUGGGUGGCAUCGCUGGAGCAAAAGGGAGGGCUCCUGGAGUACAGACCCCACCCCAUCGAGCAAGCGCCAGGGGCGCGAGCAGGGACAGGCACUCGGGAUGUCCCCGACGGCCACGUCCCAGGAGCAGACAGCGCUGCCGAGAGCCUGGAUGAGCAAUACGAGAGGCUGAAGGCCCAGCACCAGGAGCUGCUGUCCCAGCAGCAGGACGUCAUCCUGGCCACGCAGUCGGCGCAGGCUUUCCUGGACAAGCAUGGCCACAGCCUGGCUGGGGAGGAGCGGGACCGGCUCCAGGGCCGACUGGCAGAGCUGAAGGACCAGUACACGGCUUCCCUCUCGCAGUCGGAAACGCAGUUGAAGCAAGUGCAAGUCCUGCGGGACGAGCUGCAGAAGUUCUUGCGGGAUCACGGGGAGUUCGAAGCUUGGCUGAAGCAAGCAGAGCAGGAUCUGGAGGGGAUGUACAAGGGGGACAGUGACCCCACGGCCCUCCGGCAGCUGCUCCUGCGACAGGGGAGCUUCUCAGAAGACGUCAUCUCCCACAAAGGCGACCUGCGGUUUGUUACCAUGUCGGGGCAGAAGGUGCUGGAUGCAGAGGGAGCUGCUGGGGACGCAGGGUCCCAGCCGCUGACGUCCGGGAGUGUGGUCAAGAGCAAGCUGGAGGAUGCGACGCAGCGAUACACCACACUACACUCCAAGUGCACCAAGCUGGGCUCCCACCUGAACACCUUGCUGGAUCACUACCAGCAGUUCCAGGAGGUGGCGGAGUCUCUCAGGACGUGGCUGCAGGAGAGCGAAGCUGCUGUUGGGAAACUGCUCUUGGAGACAGUUUCUUCAGAUCCGGCCGUUCUGCAAAAGCAGCUCGCCAGCGCUAAGCAGCUGCAGGGAGACCUCGCUGAGCAUCAGGUGCCGGUGGAGAAGCUCCAGAAAGCGGCUCGGUCCCUGCUGGAGGUACAAGGGGAGCCGGCCCCGGACCAUGGGCACGUUCAGGAAACAACAGAUGCCAUCGUGAGCCGCUUCCAGAGCCUCUCCCAGCAGAUGGCCGAGCGCUCAGACCUGCUGCAGAAAUCCAUCGCCCAGUCCCAGAGCGUCCAGGAGAGCCUGGAGAGCCUCCUCCAGUCGGUGGCUGAGAUCGAGAAGAACCUGGAGGGAGAGCAGCCGGCCGUGCUCUCCUCCACGUCCAUCCAGGACUCGCUUGCCAUGAGUGCGAAGCUGAAGCAGGACAUCGCCAGGCAGAAGAGCUGCCUGGAAGCCACCCGUGAGAUGGUGACACGGUUCAUGGAGGCGGCAGACAGCCCCACGGCCUCUGCCCUGCAGGGCAAGCUGGCAGAGGCGACGGAGCAUUUUGGCAGGCUGUGCCAGCGGCAGCGGGAGAGGGAGGACGCGCUGAAGGGCCUCCUCCCGAAGGUCGAGCAGUACGAGCAGCUCUCGGAGAAGUUGCAGCAGUUCACGGAGAGCAGAGCGCGGAUGUUGGCAUCCGGGAACCAGCCAGACCGGGACAUCGCUCACUUCUCCCAGCACAUCCAGGAACUGAAUUCAGAGAUGAGGCAGCACCAGCAGGACCUGGCCACCCUGGAGCACCUGGCUGCGGAGCUGGGCUCCUGCGGCUUUGCCCCCGGCACCUCCCAGCAGCAGGAGAAGCUGCAGAGCCUGAAGAAAGACUUCCUGCAGCUGCAGAAGGUGGCAAAAGAGAGAGAAAAGGAUGCGUCGUCCUGCCAGGAGCAACUGGAUGAAUUUCGG